ACGCCAGCUGAGCACAGACUAGUGUUUACGUCCACAUGACAUAACCUGUAAUAUUAUCUGUUGUUACAGCUAUCUUAAUUUAAUUUGUUAUCUUAUCAGUUGGUUUAUUUUGUUUAAUACGUAUAAACAGUGUUGGAACUAACAUCGAGUUCAGUUUUUAGUGUUCUGAAAAUAUGGUUUUGAAAUUGAAUUUCAAAGGGCUGAUAGCUCCUGUCUUCACUCCAUUCUCAAGACAAACGGGCGAUGUGAACAUCAGCAUCAUCAAACCAUAUGCUCAGUACCUCAUCAAUAGCGGUGUCAAUGGUGUGUUGGUGAAUGGCACAGUAGGAGAGGGGGUCUGCAUGAGCGUCCAGGAAAGGAAGACUGUCCUGGAGGCUUGGCUGGAAGUUCUCAAAGGAACUUCACUCCAUGUCAUGGUUCACAUUGGGGGUCCUUGUCUCAGAGAUGUUCAAGACCUGGCUCGACAUGCAGAAUCUAAAGGUGUGUCAUCACUUCUGUGUAUACCUGACUUGUUCCACCGUCCAAGUAAUGUAGAGGAAGCUAUUACCUUCUUAAGUUUGGUGAGCGAAGCUGCACCCAAGACCCCACUGCUGUAUUAUCACAUACCAGCAAGCACUGGAGUACACUUGGAUAUGGCUGAAUUGCUGAAAGUUGCAGAGAGGAAAGUACCGACAAUGUCAGGAAUAAAAUUUACUCAUAACAACAUGGACGAGGCCUCUCAGUGCCUGGAGGUUAACAGUGAAAAUUUAUCAGUUUUGCUGGGUCAUGACCAGCUGAUAUCCACUGGAUUUUUUGUGGGGUUUGAGUCUCUCAUUGCGACAACCCUCAACAUGUUCGCCCCUCUUAUAAUAGAGAUCCACCAAGGAGUAAAGGAUUCCAAAAUUAAUCUAGUGCGAGCUAAGCAAAAACAGUUGACGACAUACGUGAAUACAAUCAUCAAAUAUGGAAAGUGGGUUCCGGCGAUGAAGGAGGCAAUGUUGAUUGUAACAGGGCUGGACAUGGGAGCGGCACGGCAACCCCAAGGUGUAGUGACACCAGAACAAGUCAAACAGCUGAAAGCUGACCUAAGCUCACUCAAUGUCAAGAAGUAAUCACACUACAACAGUAACUGUCUCUGUAUAAUGACCUUGUUUUGACUAGAAAUUGACCUUGCUGUCUAGAAUAAACACUUGACAAUCACAUCAUCUUUAUGAUUUAUAACUGAGAUUGCACUAUUAUGUAAAGUGCACUUUCUGUAGAUUGUAUCAAACUUGUUUCAAUACUAAAUAUUUUUAUAGUUUUUUAGGAAACUCUAAAGUAUUCCAUAAUGGAUUAUACAUGACUGUAGCACUAGGAAUAACAGGUUGGUCUCACGAGCAAAUUAAAACCUGUGGUGACAAUAAUUUUCCAUAAAAAAUUAAUUUGUAACUUACUAACACCAUACUAAGGAAAGAUUUGGACUAAAGUGAACAAUUUAUUGUUAGAUAUGGAUAAUUUGAAAAUAUAUAACAGAUUACAUACAUUGUCCAUCAUUAUUGAAGAAACAAAUUUCAAGAACUAUUAUAGUACCUUCUUUGGCUGUAAAAACACCAUUAGCAAGGCAGUAACAAGAGGUUAAAUAUAAAAAUAAUUCUAAAAUUCAAAAAAACAUUGUUAACAAAAAUAUAAGAAUUUUAAUGAAUUGUA